UGUGACUCUGUCUCUUCUUCAUCUUCUUCAUUUGGUUCCAACUUCCCAACAUAAAUUUAACCAAACUCAUUUCACACCAUCUCCUCUUUAUGAACGAAGCCAAUUCAAGUGGCUAGAGUAAAACGACAUCGUUUCAGAUUUGUAAUCUCUUAAAUCACCUUCUAACUUAUGGGGAAUGGAGUCACCACUUUGACCGGUUGCUGUACAGGAACCGUCGCCGGAGAAAUAUCCCGACGGUACGACGUGUCUCUUGUUCACGACGGUCUUGGCCACUCUUUCUGCUACAUAAGACCGGAUCUCACCGGUGUAGUAUUACCUUCUCCUUCGCCGGAGAUUCCUCUCCGAUCAGAACCUAUUCUUGAAACCACCACCACCUUCCGUUCAAUCUCCGGCGCAUCUGUCAGCGCAAAUCCUUCAACGGCGCUCUCCGGAGCUUUAUCUUCUGAUUCAGAUUGUCAGUACAGCUCCGCCGUCUCCGCCUCCGCGUUCGAGAGCUCCGGUAAUUUCGCCUCUCUCCCUCUCCAGCCUGUGCCGCGUGGCGCCACGUGGCAGUCGGGUCCGAUUGUCAACGAAACGGGUCACGGGUUAGCUCCGUUUGAGCGACGGUUCUUAUCAGGUCCGAUCGAAAGCGGGUUGUAUUCGGGUCCGAUCGAGCCCACUAAGAAGACUGAGAAUGAGAAGCCGAAGAAGGUGAGAAGAAAAGCUUCAACGAAAAAACACAAAUCGAAGAAGAGCUUUGUAACAUUCAAAACACUAUUCACGAGUCUAAUCUCCAACAAUAAACCUCGCUUGAAGAAGAGUGUGAUCGAGCCGAUCAACGGUUCUGAUACUUCAGAGUCCGAUCAUCAUCACCAUGAACAUGUGAACAGUUCCUCAAGAAGUCACGAAAACCCUAAAUCUGAUCUUGAAGAAGAAGGUAAAGAAGAUGAAAAACAGAGUACUGACUCUGUUUUGGAUGUUCAAUGGGCUCAGGGGAAAGCAGGGGAGGAUCGUGUACACGUGGUUGUAUCUGAAGACAACGGAUGGGUCUUUGUCGGAAUCUACGACGGGUUCAGUGGUCCAGAUGCGCCGGAUUAUCUCCUCAACAAUCUAUACACCGCCGUGCAGAAGGAGCUUGAUGGGUUACUUUGGAAGGACGAAAAGGUUAAGUCUUUUGGUGAAAAUGGCGAGACCCGGAUGGGAAAUUGUUCCGAUGAGGAAGAUUCCGAUUCGGGCAAAGAGAAUUGUCCUGAAGUGAACAGUGAUGAUGUAGUUGCUUCCGGUGCAAGAAACCAAGAGAAGAGUGUGAAAUGGAGAUGUGAAUGGGAGGAUAAGUCAAACAACAAGACCAAACCUGAUAACAAAUGUGAUCAGAAAGGAUCAAACUCGACGACGACAAACCAUAAAGAUGUUCUUAAAGCUCUUUUACAAGCGCUGAGGAAAACUGAAGAUGCGUACCUAGAGCUAGCUGAUCAAAUGGUUCAAGAGAACCCGGAAUUGGCAUUGAUGGGAUCCUGUGUUCUCGUGACAUUGAUGAAAGGAGAGGAUGUUUAUGUGAUGAAUGUGGGGGAUAGUCGAGCGGUUUUAGGCCGGAAACCUAAUUUAGCCACCGGGAAAAAAAGGCAAAAGGAGUUGGAGAGAAUUAAGGAAGAUAGUUCAUUAGAAGAUCGUGAAAUUUUGACGAAUGGAGCCAUGCGUAAUACUUUGGUUCCUCUACAGCUUAACAUGGAACAUAGCACAAGAAUUGAAGAGGAAGUAAGAAGAAUCAAGAGGGAACAUCCUGAAGAUGAUUGUGCGGUAGAGAAUGAUAGAGUUAAAGGUUACCUUAAGGUCACUCGUGCAUUUGGAGCUGGAUUUCUCAAACAGCCUAAAUGGAACGAUGCACUUUUAGAGAUGUUCAGGAUAGACUACAUUGGGACAUCACCAUACAUUACAUGUUCUCCAUCACUGUGUCACCACAAGCUAACUUCACGUGACAAAUUCCUAAUCCUCUCUUCUGAUGGAUUGUAUGAAUAUUUCUCAAACCAAGAAGCCAUUUUCGAGGUUGAAUCUUUCAUAUCUGCUUUUCCUGAAGGCGAUCCAGCUCAACACUUAAUCCAAGAAGUCCUCCUUCGUGCUGCCAACAAGUUUGGUAUGGAUUUUCAUGAAUUGUNAUUCAACUCAUACUAUCCUAAAUGGAACGAUGCACUUUUAGAGAUGUUCAGGAUAGACUACAUUGGGACAUCACCAUACAUUACAUGUUCUCCAUCACUGUGUCACCACAAGCUAACUUCACGUGACAAAUUCCUAAUCCUCUCUUCUGAUGGAUUGUAUGAAUAUUUCUCAAACCAAGAAGCCAUUUUCGAGUCAAACAACAAGACCAAACCUGAUAACAAAUGUGAUCAGAAAGGAUCAAACUCGACGACGACAAACCAUAAAGAUGUUCUUAAAGCUCUUUUACAAGCGCUGAGGAAAACUGAAGAUGCGUACCUAGAGCUAGCUGAUCAAAUGGUUCAAGAGAACCCGGAAUUGGCAUUGAUGGGAUCCUGUGUUCUCGUGACAUUGAUGAAAGGAGAGGAUGUUUAUGUGAUGAAUGUGGGGGAUAGUCGAGCGGUUUUAGGCCGGAAACCUAAUUUAGCCACCGGGAAAAAAAGGCAAAAGGAGUUGGAGAGAAUUAAGGAAGAUAGUUCAUUAGAAGAUCGUGAAAUUUUGACGAAUGGAGCCAUGCGUAAUACUUUGGUUCCUCUACAGCUUAACAUGGAACAUAGCACAAGAAUUGAAGAGGAAGUAAGAAGAAUCAAGAGGGAACAUCCUGAAGAUGAUUGUGCGGUAGAGAAUGAUAGAGUUAAAGGUUACCUUAAGGUCACUCGUGCAUUUGGAGCUGGAUUUCUCAAACAGCCUAAAUGGAACGAUGCACUUUUAGAGAUGUUCAGGAUAGACUACAUUGGGACAUCACCAUACAUUACAUGUUCUCCAUCACUGUGUCACCACAAGCUAACUUCACGUGACAAAUUCCUAAUCCUCUCUUCUGAUGGAUUGUAUGAAUAUUUCUCAAACCAAGAAGCCAUUUUCGAGGUUGAAUCUUUCAUAUCUGCUUUUCCUGAAGGCGAUCCAGCUCAACACUUAAUCCAAGAAGUCCUCCUUCGUGCUGCCAACAAGUUUGGUAUGGAUUUUCAUGAAUUGUUGGAGAUACCACAAGGAGAUCGUCGGAGGUAUCACGAUGAUGUCUCUGUGAUAGUGAUCUCACUUGAAGGAAGAAUAUGGAGAUCAUCAAUGUGAAUAUUAUUGUUGUUUUUAUUUUGAAUAUAUUGAAGAACUAAUUACAAUAACGGCUUGAUUUUUUUCCGAUUUAAAGUUUUUAUUCUCAUAAUUUUUUUCAUAUGCUGUAUCUAUGUUACCUAUAAUAUAGUUUAGUGAAAAUACACCAAACUGGCAUA